AUGUGUGACAAAGACAUACUGCAGCGUACCAACAUGGAAACCAAUAAAAUUGAAGAGCUCCAAGUAUUUAAUAUGCGGAAUGAUAACUUGUUGUCUGGUUGUGGUAUAAACCUGUUCAUGUUAAGCGAUCCAGCGCAGGAAUUGCUCAAGCAGUUCGCUCAGAUUCGUCUUCUGACAGGAUUGUGCAUCGAGCGGCCUGACCAGUCAUUCCUCGACGAGUACCUUUACCAGCGCGCGGGCAGUGGGCUGGAAGCGAAGCUGAAAACGCUGGCAUUGAGUAGCGACAUCGAAACACUUCAUACCGUGAUCCGGGCCACGAGACAAAAAGUAGAACAAUUGGAGUGUUUCCUGGAGGAAAGUGCAAGUCUUACCGCGUCCGGAGAUGAGCACGAGAAGAAAAAGACUGUGCAGGAGAAGCACAUCGACGUUGUUAAAAGUCGACAGAGAGCAGUGAACAACGCAGUGGAAGAGAUCGACUUGGACGAAUUAACCGCCAAUGUACGCCUACUCGAAGAGGAAGAUAAUGCGCGUGUAAAUGAUAACUAAGAGUUCGUUCGCAUCGCAGUGGGAAAUGUAGCAGAAGGAAGGGCGUUGUGCGUUGCUAUCUCGACUCUCGCUUGGGAACUACAAACCAGGCGCCACAUAAUACAUGGGCUGGAAGGUCGCGCGUCUAAGGAGGAUGACGCGGUUUUUUUUUGGUCAAAAUUGGUUUUAUUCAUCAAUUUUCUUCAAGAGCCACAGAAUCCAUCCAAUUUCAAUGCAACUUUUGUAAAACGAUUUAUCUUUUGCCUCGAAACAGGCCUCAGUUUCAGUCAUAACCUAUUCAUUCGAGGCUGUGAAUGGCGAAUACGGUGCAUUUGGGAGCAGUUCGAAGUUCAAUUCGUAGUAGUUUACCAUUGUUCCAUUCCAUUUAAUGUAGUUUCACCAUUGUUUUGUUUGACUUGGAUCCAUUGUUCCAUAUCCAUCCAGCGAAAUGAUGGAUCCAUUGUUACAUAUCGACAACAAACAUCUGGUUUGUUACGGACAAACGUGGCCAAUCAUCGGCACGUUCUUGUUUUUGGUCCACAGUCACGUGUCUCUACGACCACGUUUGAAGUCUGCAAACCAACUUUUUAUUGUUGGUUCUGAUAGAGCGGAUAGUAACUCAAACUUAUGAGUAGAAUAUACAUAAUUUUUACGGCUUUCUUUUGAAGGUUUGUACUAACUGAAAAGCGGUGAAUGCAAUAAGACUAGCGCUAUUUAUGGGUUAGGCCCGGGACUUUUCGGGCCAUGUGUUAAGAGCAUUGUUGUUGAACCAUUAAAAUACUCAACCGCUGCUGCGAUCCUUGCUUCAACGAUGUUGUUUGGGGAUUUUUUGAUGGCAAGUUUUACGUUGGCUUUGUGGGAACCCCAUGUGGUUCUUGUGUGACUAAUGUGCUUCUUGACGAGAGAGCGGGUCCCAGUGCUAUUGCCACACCACGGUACAUAAAUCGAUUUCAAAUU